AUGACCCAGUUCUGUCCCCUGUGGAGAAGCGAUCCAAACCCCUCCUGCAACGAUCCAAACCCCUCCUGCAACGAUCUAAAUCCCUCCUGCAACGAUCCCAACCCCUCCUGCAACAAUCCAAACCCCUCCUGCAACGAUCCAAACCCCUCCUGCCACGAUCCAAACCCCUCCUGCCACGAUCCAAACCCCUCCUGCCACGAUCCAAACCCCUCCUGCCACGAUCCAAACCCCUCCUGCAACGAUCUAAACCCCUCCUCCAACGAUCCCAACCCCUCCUGCAACGAUCCAAACCCCUCCUACAACGAUCCAAACCCCUCCUGCAACGAACCCAACCCCUCCUGCAACGAUCCAAACCCCUCCUGCCACGAUCCAAACCCCUCCUGCCACGAUCCAAACCCCUCCUGCCACGAUCCAAACCCCUCCUGCAACGAUCUAAACCCCUCCUCCAACGAUCCCAACCCCUCCUGCAACGAUCCAAACCCCUCCUGCAACGAUCCAAACCCCUCCUGCAACGAACCCAACCCCUCCUGCAACGAUCCAAACCCCUCCUGCAACGAUCUAAACCCCUCCUGCAACGAUCCAAACCCCUCCUGCAACGAUCUAAAUCCCUCCUGCAACGAUCCCAACCCCUCCUGCAACGAUCCCAACCCCUCCUGCAACAAUCCAAACCCCUCCUGCAACGAUCCAAACCCCUCCUGCAACGAUCCAAACCCCUCCUGCAACGAUCUAAAUCCCUCCUGCAACGAUCCCAACCCCUCCUGCAACGAUCCCAACCCCUCCUGCAGCGAUCCAAACCCCUCCUGCAACGAUCUAAAUCCCUCCUGCAACGAUCCCAACCCCUCCUGCAACAAUCCAAACCCCUCCUGCAACGAUCCAAACCCCUCCUGCAACGAUCCAAACCCCCCCUCCUGCAACGAUCCCAACCCCUCCUGCAACGGUCCAAACCCCUCCUGCAACGAUCCAAACCCCCCCUCCUGCAACGAUCCAAACCCCUCCUGCAACGAUCCAAACCCCCCCUCCUGCAACGAUCCCAACCCCUCCUGCAACGGUCCAAACCCCUCCUGCAACGAUCCAAACCCCCCCUCCUGCAACGAUCCCAACCCCUCCUGCAACGGUCCAAACCCCUCCUGCAACGAUCCAAACCCCCCCUCCUGCAACGAUCCAAACCCCUCCUGCAACGAUCCAAACCCCCCCUCCUGCAACGAUCCCAACCCCUCCUGCAACGGUCCAAACCCCUCCUGCAACGAUCCAAACCCCCCCUCCUGCAACGAUCCCAACCCCUCCUGCAACGGUCCAAACCCCCCCUCCUGCAACGAUCCCAACCCCUCCUGCAACGGUCCAAACCCCUCCUGCAACGAUCCAAACCCCCCCUCCUGCAACGGUCCAAACCCCUCCUGCAACGAUCCAAACCCCCCCUCCUGCAACGAUCCCAACCCCUCCUGCAACAAUCCAAACCCCCCCUCCUGCAACGAUCCCAACCCCUCCUGCAACGAUCCAAACCCCUCCUGCAACGAUCCCAACCCCUCCUGCAACAAUCCAAACCCCCCCUUCUGCAACGGUCCAAACCCCUCCUGCAACGAUCCCAACCCCUCCUGCAACGAUCCCAACCCCUCCUGCAACAAUCCAAACCCCCCCUCCUGCAACGAUCCCAACCCCUCCUGCAACGGUCCAAACCCCUCCUGCAACGAUCCAAACCCCCCCCUCCUGCAACGAUCCCAACCCCUCCUGCAACGGUCCAAACCCCCCCUCCUGCAACGAUCCCAACCCCUCCUGCAACGGUCCAAACCCCUCCUGCAACGGUCCAAACCCCUCCUGCAACGAUCCCAACCCCUCCUGCAACGAUCCCAACCCCUCCUGCAACAAUCCAAACCCCCCCUCCUCCAACGAUCCCAACCCCUCCUGCAACGAUCCAAACCCCUCCUGCAACGAUCCCAACCCCUCCUGCAACAAUCCAAACCCCCCCUCCUGCAACGCGAUCCAAACCCCUCCUGCAACGGUCCAAACCCCUCCUGCAACGAUCCAAACCCCCCCUCCUGCAACGAUCCCAACCCCUCCUGCAACGAUCCCAACCCCUCCUGCAGCGAUCCAAACCCCUCCUGCAACGAUCCCAACCCCUCCUGCAACGAUCCCAACCCCUCCUGCAGCGAUCCAAACCCCUCCUGCAACGAUCCAACAGACGGCUCGACACCUCACAAUGGGGACGAUAAUCCAGCGGCCUGGAGCUAA